UGUUACGGAAGAACAGCUCUCAGCAUCAAAUGCAGUAACAGAGGCACACAAUGAAGACCUUAGUAAUGUUCUGUGCUCUGGCCGCAAUUGCCAUUGCAGCCCCCUCGACAACGGGAGAAGAAUUCAAAAGAGUUCCGCCAAGUCAAUGGCCAGAAUUUAUCAAAAGAGAAAAGAAGUCCCCGAGGUACUUCGCGGAACCAACAACAUUCACUGGAGCACAACCGCUUCAUCUUACAUCGGAAUUUGAUGAUACAACGGCCUCAGGAAGAAGCUUUGGUUUCAAAAAACCUAUCAUAGUGAAGAAAACUGGAGGACAUAAAGGAUAUCAUUUAUAUAGAGACUCCGAGGAAGAAAGAGCACAGUCUGAUCCACAAGAGAACUGUUCUAAACAAGUGAACGUUAAACUGUGUGAUAAAAAUAAUGUAGAUAAAGUUGUUGGCGGAAGAUCUGUUAGGCAAGAAACUGACAUGCACGACGAUAACAUGGAACACAGUAUCAAAAUGGCAAAAGAAGCAAUAGAAAAUCUGCAGAGAGAUUUAGAACACAUAGAACACGUUUCAGGUGUUAAACCCCAAACACACAAACCUCGAGAAGUUGAUUCAGCGCAUAAUGAAUUCCACGAUGAAAUUGAAGUAGCAAGGCAGGCAUUGGAUCAUAUCCAACGAAAUUUUGGAAACCUUGAGUCAAUGGAUCUGAAAACUACAACAUUACAUGAUGUACAAGAUAAGCGAGAGACAAAUAACCAUGCCCAAUUUGUACAAGAAAAAAUGGCUCAAUGGAAAGAACACAGUAAAAAUAAUAUAGAUAAUGGUAAAAAUAUGGAAGAUACCUUUAUGCCCAUUAGUCGGGAAAGCAACAGAUUACAAUUUAAUGCCACACCAAAAGAUAAGAAUAUGGAACCAAAUGAAAAGUUAAAUACUCAUGAAAUAUCUGUAAGGGAGAGUAAUUUUGAAAAUGAUGCUCAUAAAACAGAUAAAGUAUUCAAAGACCAUCAAUCAAAUACUGGCAAGCAUGACAACAAGGAACAAAAAUUCUUUAAAGAUGAAAUGAAGACAUCGGAAACAGAAUUUAGAGAAUUUAAAAUGGAGCCAGAAAUGAUGAGCAGAAAUACUGAAUCAUCAGUUAAUAAAUCACCUGAACUUUCAUUCGAUGUUCAUAGCAAUGUCUUGAAAAUGAAAACUCCUGUUAAAAGUAAUGAACCAGGUGUUAAUAAGGCUUUUGAAAAACCAGCGGCUAGUGGUAUGAAAUCUGCUACAUUCGAAAGUAAUAUGAACAAACACAGUGGAAAUGACCAAAACGAUAAGAAAAAAUUUAAAUCUUCUGAAACAAGUAAUUUUGAGAUGAUGCCAACCAAUCACCAUAAUACUGGUGAAAAUGAAUGGAAUCAUUCUAAAAAACAUAACAAUCAAGACAAAAGUACUUGGAAACAUAUGAAGUCUGCGGAAAAUUCUGAUAAAUUUCAUAAUAAAGACAAGGAACACAAGGAAAUUGAUCCAGAGUCAUCAGCAAGAAAAACAACAGAAUCGGAUAGCGAGCACCACAUGCCAAAGUCUGCAGGUUCUACAGAACCAGGCUCAAACAAACCAAUAUUUUGGCCACAAAAGAAUAAGCAAAAUAUGGAAGAAGUUAGCCAGAUGAAAGCUGCAGGGGAAUUUCAUAACGAGCAUAUGUUAAAUACACAUAUGCAUGGAGAUCAUCAUCAGUUCAUGCAUCCUUCACAUCCACAUAACCAUAUGCAUGUUGGGAGUGGUCUUGAAUUUCACACACACCAUUCAUCACCAAUGAGUCAUGCUAAGGCAAAUGAUAUGGAUAAUUUUAUGCAGCCAACACUACAAAUGAGUAUGGGUGAUUUUAUGGGAAAAUCGGCACUGGAAAACAUGCUUCAAUGGGCACACAAGGAUGAUGGAGGAAGAUCCGCUUACGGACCUGCUUAUGGAGGCAGUGGAGGUAGUGGUGGUCUUAACAUAGCAGCCUCAGGAGGAGCUGGUUCUAGUGCAGUUGGAGUAUUCCCUAACGCAAACGUGGGAGGCUGUGCAAUUCCAUUGCUGCUUAGUUGCUCUCCUUCUGUGGUGCCCGGUAGCUUAACUAAGUCUGGUUAUGAUUCCGAUUCGGGUUAUGCUAGUAGUAUGCCUGCCUAUAGAGCAAAUGAAGAACACAACAUGCAUAUGAAGCGUGAAAUUACAAAAAGCAACGACAAAUCAAACACUAAAUUAAAGCGAGAAUCAACGACAACAAUACCAACGAUGAAUGCAAACUCUGCUGACAAAAAACAGUAAUUAAAAAUAUUUUGAGUUCAUAAGAGACAAUGGCGACUGUAUCACAAUUAUAUUAAUUUUCAAUUAUUAUAAUUAUUUAAUUAUUUUGUAUCUCUUAUUUAAAUUUACUAAGACAUCACAAGUUAUUAAGCAAUAAAAGUAUUUUUGUAAUACA